CUCCCUGCUUCGUAAUAUUUUUUUUUCUCCAAUGUCUGCUGAACCAGUACAAGCCAGACGGCGAUUCGUCGGCAGAAAGGAUGGACCUACGGACAAAUUUCAGGGUGCAGUUUCCAAAAAGCCUCUGAGAAGAGCUGUGAACCAGAUUCCCUCUGAUAUUCUUCAAGACGAGGAGCUUAAUGCUGCGAUCCAGCUUUUACCGAAAAACUACAACUUUGAGAUUCACAAAACCGUGUGGAACAUUCGCAAAAACAACAGCAAGCGAGUUGCAGUACAAAUGCCCGAGGGCCUACUUAUAUAUGCCUGCAUUGUUUCCGAUAUUCUCGAGCAAUUCUGUCAAGUUGAAACAGUGGUGAUGGGUGACGUUACCUAUGGUGCAUGCUGUAUAGACGAUUUCACGGCUGUCGCUUUGGACUGCGACAUGCUCAUUCAUUAUGCCCACUCGUGCCUUGUUCCUAUCGACGUUACCAAAAUCAAGGUGCUUUACGUGUUUGUUACUAUUGAGAUCGACAAAGAACAUCUGAUCAAUACAAUAGUGCAUCAUUUAGGAGACAAAAAAAUCGCUCUUGUGAGCACCAUCCAGUUCAAUCCUACACUUCAUCAGAUCACGGAACCCCUAGCUCAGCGAGGGGUCUCGGCGAUCUCGCCUCAAGCCAUGCCUUUGUCUAAGGGUGAGGUUUUAGGCUGUACAUCGGCACAUCUUGACCAGUCUGUUGACGCUAUUGUUUACAUUGGUGAUGGUCGCUUCCAUCUAGAGAGCGCCAUGAUACACAAUCCCGAAAUCCCAGCCUACAAAUACGACCCGUAUAAUCGUGAGUUCACGCUGGAGGAAUAUGGACACGAGGAAAUGCGUUCAGUGCGAAGACAAGCGAUAAUUGAGGCAAAACAUGCCAAAAAAGUCGGAUUGAUUCUCGGAACGCUUGGGAGACAAGGAAACCCGUUGACUCUCCAGCGCCUGCAGAAUCAGUUCGCCAAGGCCAAGAUCGAAACAGUUAUGCUCAUGCUUUCGGAGAUCUUUCCUCAGCGCUUGGCACAGUUUCCAGAUAUAGACUGUUGGGUUCAGGUGGCCUGUCCUCGCUUGAGUAUCGACUGGGGGUAUGCUUUCCCCAAGCCUCUUUUAACGCCCUACGAAGCAAUGGUAGCUUUGGACCAAGUUCUGUGGAUGCCAAAUGGAACAUAUCCUAUGGACUACUACUCCACUAAGGGGUGGGGUCGUGGACACAAUCCUUGGCCGAGCAAAGACAAUGAUUUCAGUGGAUGCUGCGGAAAAGAGACCUGCGAAGGGUCGUGCAAAAAAACGUAA